CUCUGUUGCCAGACCAAAGCCGAAACGCCAGCGCGGAGCAGAGACCCCUGCUUUUCCGCUUCCGCCACUGCGCCCAUGCCAGGCGGCGGCGGCGGCCGUGGCCGUGGCCGUGGCGGAAGGAAGCCGGCCAAGUCCUCGUCAUCCUCCUCCUCGUCUUGGCAGUGGGUGCCCCGGGCAUCGCGCGAGUUCGGUCCUGAAAGGUCCUUGGAACCUCAAAAGGAAGGGCCAAGUUCAUCUUGUCCCUCAGUUACCAGUAAAAAAUCGCAGAUGGUUCCACCAGUUCCACCAAAGUCUCUAGAAUCACAAGUUCAACCAAGGAAGUCUCUUGAUUCACCUCUGAUGAUGGCUAAAAAAGUUCAACCACUGAAAUCUCAAGAUCCACUUGUCCAAACGGCUGCAUCCAUUCAGCGAUCAAAACCUCUAGACUCCAGUAGCGCUUCAUGUGGCUCUAGAACUGUGGCGUCUCUAGAUUCACCAGCUCAACCAUGGAAGUCUUGCGAUUCACUGCUGAUGAUGGCUGAACAAGUUCAACCACCGAAAUCUCAAGAUUCACUGGUCCAAACGUUUGCAUCCAUUCAAAUAUCAAAACCUCUAGACUCCAGUAGCGCUUCAUGUGGCUCUGUAACUGUGGGGUCUCUAGAUUUACCAGUUCAACCAUGUAAAUAUCUCGAUUCACCGCUGAUGAUGGCUGAACAAGUUCAACCAAAGAAAUCUCAAGAUUCACUGGUCGAAAUGAUUGCAUCGAUUCAAAUAUCAAGACCUCCAGACUCCAGUAGCGCUUCAUGUGGCUCUGGAACUGUGGGGUCUUAUUUAGGAGCUGGUCUAUUUGACAUAUGCAUGAGUAACAGCAAAGGCCUUUUCAAGCUAAAUCGCCCUUUACAUGAGAUCAAGAAAGAAGAAAAACGCCUCCGUGCAAGGGAGCUUUCAAACAGCGAGGCUCAGUUGCAACAUCUGAGACCUGGGAUGGUUCUAUUGAAAAGCUUCUUAAGGCCGGAAGAUCAGGUUGAAAUUAUCAAGAUUUGUCGGGAACUUGGUGUUGGCACAGGAGGAUUUUAUCAACCUGGCUACAGAGAUGGUGGUAAGUUAAGUCUGCGGAUGAUGUGCUUAGGGAAGAACUGGGACCCAGAUUCAGGCCAAUAUGGGGGGAUACGGCCUUUUGAUGCUGCUCAACCACCAAAGAUACCAGAAGAAUUGACCAAGUUCGUGAAAGAUGCCAUUGAUGCUUCACAUGAAUUCUUGAAACAAAGAGGCAAUGGAUCUACCACUCCUGCUAUAGAACUUCCUCCGAUGUCACCGGACAUCUGUAUUGUUAACUUCUACACCACUGGCGGGAAGUUAGGUCUUCAUAAGGACAAAGAUGAACAUCAAUCUAGCCUUGACAAGAAACUGCCUGUUGUUUCCUUUUCAUUGGGCGACACUGCAGAAUUCUUGUAUGGCGAUGUCAGAGACGAAGACAAGGCUUCGAAGAUUAAGCUUGAAUCCGGUGACGUUCUGAUAUUUGGUGGUCAAUCAAGGCACAUAUUCCAUGGGGUCUCCAGCAUUACACCGAAAAGCGCACCGCUCUGGGUGACUGACAAGGCCAAUCUUCGACCCGGGCGCCUGAACCUCACAUUCAGGCAGUAUAAGUAUGUGCCCAUGGGGUAGGCCAGAGGGUCCCUUUAGGCAUAGUGCAACCAGAGGGGAGGGUACCAUCUCAUGUUCUAUUUAAGUGCCCUGUUAGCAAAUGUUUGCAAGAACCGCCUAUCUACUCCAAAACCUUAUUAUGUGGUGUUUAUCGUGCACACGCACGGUGUAGUCGCUUC